AUGACUGACCUACAGCGCAAAAUGACAACCCAUGAAGAAGACGUAAAACGUGCGAAAGAGCAGAUUGACGAGACGACUCAGAAAGCUGAUUCGUAUUUGACUGAUUUGACGAAACAUGUGGAGGAAUAUGAAAGGAAGCACUCAAAUUUAGAACCUGCUGGACAGUAUCUCAAGUCGGCAUUGGAUGCAUCACGUUCGGCAACGGAAAAGCUCAAGAGUCAGGGGCAAGAAUUGUCGGAACGAACCGUUCCAGUCGCACUUGAAGGGAUGCAAGGAGUUCGUGAAUCGCUGGACGAUUUGCAAAAACGAGCGGUCGCGUAUGAUGACAAGUAUGCGGGGUCACGUGGACAAGCUGCAAUGGACACAUUGCAUCACUGGGUCAAUUCUGGACGCCAACACGCAACGGACGCGUUGGAAACUACCAACGAUCAGUUGAUGAAGUUGCGUGAUGCCAUUGGAAACAUGGCUGGGCAAGCAACGCACGGUGCACAGGUUGCGGUGGGCGAAGUUGUGCGUGCUGCAGAGUUUGGCGACGAGAAGUUGGGCGUUAGCAGUACCACUGGUGGCGUCGUGCAGAAGGUGCGCGAUUUGGAUGCACGCCUGGGUGUGUCGGCCGCAGCUGCAAUGGUGGACACUAAAGUGACAGGCGGUUUAGGUUGCAAGGUGGCGUCAACCACUGCUGAAAUUGUCAGCGAGAGCGUGAGCUACAUCUCGGAUACUUUGCACAAUGCGAAGCUUGCAGCGCAGCAAUCGGAAACAGCUCAAAGUGUUGAGGCACAGGGUGUGGCACUGACUGAAACCGUGAAGGAGAAGAAGGAUGCAGCGCAGUCAACUUUUAAUGAAGCCUACGAGAAGGGCAGAGGAAUGGCCGGUAUGGCGACGGAGAAAGCGGAAGAAAAGGCAGGCCAGGCGAAGGAUAAGGCUGGCGAGAUGAAGGACAUGACCGCAGAAAAAGCUGGUCAAGCGAAGGAGAUGGUAAAAGACAAGGCAGAAACGGCGAAGGACAAAGCUGUCGACAUGAAGGACACGACCGCAGAGAAAGCUGGUCAAGCGAAGGAGAUAACGGAGAAUAAGGUGGGUACGGCAAAAGACAAAGCUGGUGAGAUGAAGGAUAAGACUGCUGAGGGAGCUGGACAAGCCAAAAAGAUGGCUAAGGAUGAGGCUAGUAAGAUGAAGGAUAUGACCGCUGAAAGGGCUGGCCAAGCGAACAAGGUGGCUAAAGAUAACGCUGGCAUGGUGAAGGAUAAGGCCGGAGCCGCGAAGGAUAAGGCUUCGAAUGCUGCUAGUCAGGCGACGGACAAAGCUAGUGCUAUGAAGGAACAAGCCAAAGGAAAUGCGGCUGAUGCAGCUGAUUCGACUCGGGAGAAGGCUGGCAACGCGAAGGAAAUGGUAAAGGGUACUGCUGGCGAAGCAAUGGAUAAUGGCCAGAAGAAAGAGUCACAGCCGUCGAAGAACGGUGGAAACCGGUCCAAGUGA